AAAAGGCAAAAACCAUCCUACCCUUGGCUUCGUCUUAUUAAGUUAAAACCCCAAACAGCUCCCAGCUGCGGAGCUUAAACCCUUGGUACUUGGUUGGCGGACCCAUUUCCAACGCUCAAGCUGAGUCCAGAAAAUGGCGGGUCCUUUGCUCCUUCGCUCUCUUUUGUCCGCCUCCACUCUAAAAUCCUUUUCCUCUCACUUGGCUCCACUCCCCCGCUUCUCCCGCUGCUUCUCCUCCGGCCCUGCCAGUGCUGCCGCCGCUGCCACAACAUAUCCGAGUGCGUAUUUGGAUCCUGGUAGACUGCGGAACGUGGCGGUGAUUGCGCACGUGGACCACGGGAAAACCACGCUUAUGGACCGGCUACUGAGGCAGUGUGGAGCCGACAUCCCCCACGAGAGAGCCAUGGAUUCCAUCAGCCUUGAGCGGGAGCGUGGCAUUACCAUCGCCUCUAAGGUCACUAGUGUUUCAUGGAAAGAAAACGAGUUAAACAUGGUCGAUACGCCUGGUCAUGCUGAUUUUGGUGGUGAGGUUGAACGGGUUGUUGGCAUGGUUGAAGGAGCAGUAUUAGUUGUUGAUGCUGGUGAGGGGCCGCUUGCACAAACAAAAUUUGUUCUUGCCAAAGCCUUGAAGUACGGGCUGCGCCCUCUUCUUCUAUUGAACAAAGUAGACCGACCUUCUGUAUCAGAGGAGAGAUGUAAUGAAGUUGAGACCCUAGUUUUUGAUCUUUUUGCAAAUCUCGGUGCUACAGAGGAACAGCUUGACUUUCCAGUUCUCUAUGCUUCUGCUAAAGAAGGAUGGGCAUCUUCAACCUUUACUAAAGAUCCUCCUGCUGGUGCAAAGAAUAUGUCACAAUUGCUUGAUGCCAUUGUAAGGCAUGUUCCUCCACCAAAAGCAAACCUUGAUGGACCUUUCCAAAUGUUGGUUUCCAUGAUGGAAAAAGACUUUUAUCUUGGGCGAAUUUUAACUGGGCGUGUUUCAUCUGGAAUUGUUCGUGUUGGUGAUAAAAUACAUGGCUUGCGAAGCAGUGAAUCUGGCAUUGAGAAAAUUGAAGAAGGAAAGGUUGUGAAGCUAAUGAAAAAGAAGGGUACAAGCAUGGUUCUUAUUGAUAGUGCAGGAGCUGGUGAUAUUAUAUCAAUGGCUGGGCUGGGUAGUCCAUCAAUUGGCCAUACAGUGGCAAAUACAGAGGUUAUGGCUGCAUUGCCAACCGUUGAGUUGGACCCCCCAACCAUUUCCAUGACUUUUGGUGUCAAUGAUUCUCCUUUAGCAGGUCGUGAUGGUACCCAUUUGACCGGAGGAAAAAUUGGUGAUCGACUAAUGGCUGAAUCUGAAACAAAUCUCGCCAUAAAUGUGCUUCCAGGCAUAGCAGAUACUUUCGAGGUUCAGGGGAGGGGAGAACUGCAGCUGGGUAUCUUGAUUGAGAAUAUGAGACGUGAAGGAUUUGAGCUGUCCGUUUCACCACCGAAAGUGAUGUAUAAAGUUGAGAAAGGUCAAAAGCUGGAGCCUAUUGAGGAAGUGACCAUUGAGGUGAAUGAUGAGCAUGUAGGAUUAGUUAUGGAAGCUCUAUCUCAUAGGCGAGCUGAGGUUGCUGAUAUGGGUCCUGUUCCUGGAAAUGUUGGUAGAACUAGAUUGUCAUUGACCUGUCCAUCAAGGGGCCUGGUUGGUUACAGAAGUGUGUUCAGCAGUGAUACUCGUGGAACUGGAUUUAUGCAUCGUGCUUUUCAAUCGUAUGAGAAGCAUCGAGGCCCUCUUGGAAAUGUCAGGAAAGGAGUGUUGGUAUCAAUGGGUUAUGGUACAAUCACAGCUUAUGCAUUGAUGAGUUUGGAAGCUCGUGGAACUCUUUUUGUGACCCCUGGGAUGGAGACAUACGAUGGCAUGAUAGUUGGUGAGCAUUCACGUGAUACAGAUCUUGAUGUGAAUCCAGUAAGGAGUAAAGAACUGUCAAAUAUGCGUGCAGCUGGCAAAGAUGAAAAUGUGAAACUAUCUCCGCCAAAACUUAUGACUCUUGAAGAAGCUAUUGGUUAUGUUGCUUCUGAUGAGCUUAUAGAGGUUACACCAAAGGCCAUCCGAUUAAGGAAGAGAUAUCUGGAUGUAAACAAGCGCAAAGCCAUGAGUAAAAAGGCCAAAAAUUGAGUCUUCUCCUAACAUACUAUAAUUUUGUAACUAUAGGCGGGGUUGGGUUCAAUAUUUGCCCCCACAAUUUAUUUAUAGAAUAUGAACGACAUUAUCUUUUUUAUGACAAUAAUAAGGGGCAAAGAGGAGUUCAUGUUUUGUCUGUGUAAUUGCCAAAGAAACAACAAUGGCUAUUAUUAUUAUUAUUUUUUUUAUAGCAUAACUUAAUAUAUUUGUGCUUUGACAA